AACGUAUUAUAAUCUGUCUUUACUUACCUGAGAAUAUAAAAAAGUGACAAAAGAGGAAAUAUAACAAUUGUAUGUUACCGGAACCGAAUUAGACGCGUCAUAAUAGAAAGCAGGCUAUUUAAAGAUGUUCAAGAAGGCCUACUUUCUGACCUCGCUGAGAAAAGCGUCUUGUGCUACCACAUGGAAGUUAUGGCAAUGGACACAGCUAUAGUGAGGUAGCAGACGACAGUUUCAAUCAUGAAAAGAUAACGGUAAUUUUGAGAAAUUGACGGCGUGUGUGGAAAAUGGCCUUCUUUUUGAGCUUCAUAGACCUGACUACUGCACUCGUGUUCAUAGCGGUGUUUUUAUUUGUGUCGCACUGGAUUUCUACCCCAACAGAUCAGAUCCCCGGACCUUUUGCUCUCCCUUUCAUCGGAAACCUCCCAAUGUUCUUCGGUAUGAGGCAACGUUCACACAUAGAACUGCUGAAAUUAAAGGAGAAAUAUGGAGAUGUGUUUCGCGUGUUUGUUGGACCGUAUAAACUAAUUAUUAUCAGUGGGUAUGAUAAUAUUCACCAGGCAUUUGUAAAACACGGAUCGAAUUUCAGUCAUCGUCCGAACUGGCUUCCCGAUGUCAAAUCACGAGCUGAAAAAUAUGGAUAUGGGAUUGUGUGGGGUGAUGGGGAUGAAUGGAGAAGGCUGCGCCGUUUUGCUCUGCAGUCGAUGCGAGAUUUCGGCGUCGGUAAAAAGUCGCUCGAGGAAAUCAUACUUGAGGAGGCAAAGCUCCUCGUCGAGGAGUUCGCAGCAAGGGAAGGCCAGCCAAUCAACGACGUAAAGCGCAUGAUGACGUCAUCGAUAAGCAACGUCAUUCAUCAUGUAACUUUUGGUUUUCGAUAUCCACACGACGACGAAACAUUUUUGCGCGUGAUCAAAUUGUUUGAUGAAGUAUUCAAAGGACCAGGGCCUCUUGUCGCCUCUCUUCCAAAAUGGUGUCAGAUUGGCCGAUUGAAGUCGAGCAUAAAGCGGAGCAGGGAAGCCAUCGAACUCCUAACGGAAUAUGUCACGGAGCAAAUAGCGGACCAUGAGAAGACUUACGAUGGAAACAACAUCCGGGACUUUAUAGACCUAUACAUUCAGGCUCAACGUGCAGAAGCCAAGGAUAAUGGAAAACAGACAGUUCAUCAUUUGUUCCGAGUGAUACUUGAUUUAUUCAGCGCGGGAACAGAGACCACCGCAACCUCUCUAGACUGGGCGCUACUUUAUAUGAUAGAGAAGCCGGAAAUUCAACAGAAAUGUUUUAACCAGAUUGUAAAGGUUGUUGGGCUAGGGCGAGAAGUCCGCUUAUCUGACAGGAAAGCGUUACCAUACGUAGAGGCUACACUGUUGGAAGUGCAAAGAAUUUCAAAUAUUGCAAGCAUGUCAUUACCACACAUGACAAAUGAAGAUGUACAAAUAGCCGGAUACGGUAUUCCAAAGAACACAAUAGUAAUGGGGUUCCUAACGACGUCACACUUAGAUCCGAAAUACUUCCCCGAACCACGACAGUUUCGGCCGGAACGAUUUAUUGAUGACGUCACAGGAACGAUUGCACAACAUGACCAAUUCAUACCAUUUUCAUUAGGACCAAGAGCAUGUCCAGGGGAAUCUUUGGCAAAGACUGAAAUGUUUUUGGUGUUUAGCAAUCUCAUUCAAAAAUUCCGAUUCUCUAAAGUGUCGGUUGAUGAUGUGUUGGACUUCAGUGGUAUAACUGGCAUUACCACCUGUGCUUCUCCAUACAGACUUAAGGUGGAGAGUCGGCAUGACUGACAACAAACUGACACCGAUAAAACUGACACUGGUAACAAACUGACAUUAGCACCAAAUAAUUACUGACAGAAAAUUGACACUAACAACAAAAUUACACUGAUGACAAAUUCAUACUAACAACAAACUGACCCUUACAGCAAACUGAAACUGACAACAAACUGAGACUGACAACAAAUUGACACUGAUGACAAACUGACACUGACAAAUUGACAUUGUAUUGUAAGCAAACUGAUUAAAACUGAUUCUGACAGGAAUUCUGACUAAAAUCUGGUACUGACAACAAACUGAGACUGAAGCUCAACUUGUGUGAGAAUAAACUAUUUAAGAACGGAAUACUCGCACAUUAAUUGUUUCCUGUCUGGGAUAGAAAAUACUUUUGCAUUAAAACGAAAAUUGCUUUUGUUUGUUGU